UCGCGCGCCCCACACCGCGCGCUCUGUUGCAGAGGAGCCAGCCCUGGCUGGGAAGUGUGGACGCGUCUCUCCGGAGGCCCGGCCGCCUCGAGCGCGCUAGUCCAGCGGAGCCGGAGCACCUCGGACCAAUCCCCGGUGAUUAUGCAAGACAGCGGACCAAUCAGCUCCGCCAGCUCAUGAAUAUUUAUGACCUUGGCUGAGUCAAAGCUUUGAAGCGAGUUUGGGGAGCUCAGCAGCAUCAUGCUUAGACUUUUCAAAGAGACAAACUCCAUUUUCUUAUGAAUGGAAAGUGAAAACCCCUGUUCCGCUUAAAUUGGGUUCCUUCCUGUCCUGAGAAACACAGAGACCCCCAAAAGGAAAGCAGAGGAGAGAGAGAGAGAGAGACCCACACUCAGACCCCGCGAGAAGAGAUGACCAUGACCACCAUGCCAGAAAGUCUCAACAGCCCCGUGUCGGGCAAGGCGGUGUUCAUGGAGUUUGGGCCGCCCAACCAGCAAAUGUCUCCUUCUCCCAUGUCCCACGGGCACUACUCCAUGCACUGUUUACACUCGGCGGGCCAUUCGCAGCCCGACGGCGCCUACAGCUCGGCCUCGUCUUUCUCCCGACCGCUGGGCUACCCCUACGUCAACUCGGUCAGCAGCCACGCGUCCAGCCCCUACAUCAGUUCCGUGCAGUCCUACCCAGGCAGCGCCAGCCUCGCCCAGAGCCGCCUGGACGAUCCAGGGGCUGACUCCGAGAAGAGCACGGUUGUGGAAGGCGGUGAAGUGCGCUUCAACGGCAAGGGGAAGAAGAUCCGCAAGCCAAGGACGAUUUACUCCAGUUUGCAGCUGCAGGCUUUGAACCGGAGGUUCCAGCAAACUCAGUACCUAGCUCUGCCCGAGAGGGCGGAGCUCGCGGCCUCCUUGGGACUCACGCAAACGCAGGUCAAGAUCUGGUUCCAGAACAAGCGCUCCAAGUUCAAGAAGCUGAUGAAGCAGGGCGGGGCCGCCCUGGAGGGCAGCGCGCUGGCCAACGGCAGGGCGCUGUCUGCCGGCUCCCCGCCGGUGCCGCCCGGCUGGAACCCCAACUCCUCAUCGGGGAAGGGCUCGGGCGGCAGCGCGGGCUCCUACAUCCCCAGCUACACGUCGUGGUACCCCUCGGCGCACCAAGAAGCUAUGCAGCAACCCCAACUUAUGUGAGGCUGCCCAGCCGUUCCCGCCCACCUCCUUCCCGCUUCCCCGGUCCGGCCCUCCCGCCUCCCGGUCCGUCCACCCCACUCGCGUGCCCUGGACCCGGAGAAGGGCCCAGAGGGAAAGAAGAAGGAACAGUGAAGGGGGGCGACCGCCGCCUGCGCAGAGCCCCUCGCUGUCCGGGCUGACUGCUUCCCUGGCGCCCACACCCUCGGCGAACCCCGGCCUGGGCCACGCGCAGCAGAGAGAGGCCUCGGGGCGCAGUCAGAGCCGCGGGGAGACAGCCCGAGCGGCAAGAUAGCCCGCUGGACCCCACCCGCCACCCUCAGUUGUGUGGGACUAUCAGGAAACAAACAAACAAACAAACACGAAAGCAAUGUAGGAAAAGCAAAAGCUAUUCUCUGUCCUGUCGGUCUCUUGUCUCCUUUCGCUCUGUAUCUGUGCGCUGACAAGUCGGGGUCCUCGUCUGUCCGCUGUCCUCACGCUGCGGCCUCUGAAAAAAGUCACCAGGUCCCGGGAGGCGAGGUCCAGCCCGGAUACCUGGUGUGUCGUCCUUUCAGACCUUGUCCUGGGCCUGCCUAAACACCUGUUAGCUCGUUCGGGAACUGGGGGAACUGGAGGGGGGGUAUUUAU